AUGUCCACGCAGAGACUGAGGGAGACACAGAGGACUCUUCUGACUCUGACCAUGAUGAAGACUGGAGAGCUCCUUUCAGCCUUUUCAGAUGAACAGAUGGAGAAAGAGGCUGAUGGAGACCACAACAACCAAGUCCAGACCAAAACAGAAGCACAGCUGCACAAAACUCAGGUCUAUUCCUCAAACAGGCAGCCAGUCAUAGGACCAGAGACGAGUGCUGCUGCCCACAAUGGAAACAUGUCUUUUACAAAAACACGUUGGAGUUUACAGAUGUUCAACCUCAUUUCCCAGAAGUUCAACAUUCAGCCUCGUCUAAUGCUUCACUUCCGUGUGAAACAGCGUGGGUUUGCUGUACUUGCUGUAACAAAGAGUCGACUUGACUUUUCAGGAAACGAAGACGACUUCUCUCCUCUGAGGCUGAUGGAACUGGCCAUUAAAUAUGAACAAAUUAUACAGAGGAGACGUUCACUGCUGGAGCAGAUGGAGGAGCGCAGGCUGAAGCUGAGGGACCAUCGUCUCCAGCACAGAGAGAGGAGUGAGGCUGCACACCGCAGGAACCAAGCGCUUUUACAGGAACUGGAGAAUAUGGAGCAUAGUCUGAGAGAGGCUCAGCGGCCAUCAUCAGAAGAGCAGGACCUGGAGAGCAGAUACUGGGCGUCUGUGGAGGAGUCUGUCCCAGCCUGGGAGCACUUUCUGCUGGAGAAAGGUCUCCAUCGUCUCACUGAUGCUCAGCCAACUAUGGGAGCAAAACACAAACGUAGAAAAACCAAAGACACGGGUCUGCCCCCUCUGCCUAGUCCGGUCAGCCAGUCUAGCUCUUCUAAAAAAAAAAUGCUCACAGCGGUUGGCAGGGCUGGCUGAAUUCCACUUUAGUGCCUGUAUCGAUCGCGCUUGGGCGGAUGUCUUUCUGCCGUCGCCUGCUAAAGUCGGGUUGUGUGGUGCUAUUCACAUUGACUGCCUCAAUAAGUAGACCGAGAGUGGAAAUGUGUGUUUGUACAUAGGCCUUUUGUUCUGAUUGAUUUAUGUUCAGUCUUAGAUGUGCAUGUUGUCUGCAACUCUUCGUUGUGCUAGGGUAAUGAAGUCCCUGAUUGCUCUUUAAUCAGUGGACUUUUGCACACAGCAGUCUCAGUCACAGCCGGAGUUAGCUUGUGUGUACAAAAAGGCAAAAUAAACCCUUUUCUUUGUGU